CGCCCUUUAUGUAUAUAUGUAUCUUCUUACCAAACAUUUCCCUUUUAUUGCCCUGUUCUUGAGGAAAGAAUUGCGUGUGCGACGAGACCCGCGAUGAAAAGCAUCUUCGCAUUCGAGGAGGGAUUUUUUCUAGGGUUUCGUUUCCAGUGCGUGAUGGGUGCGGGUCUCUCUGGGUUUCAAAAUGGGUUUUCUACGGAUUCUUGCUCUGGUGAUCGGAAUUUGUCGAAGACCAAUCUGGGUGAUUUGCCGGAGAGUUGUGUGGCUCUGAUCGUUGAGAAUUUGGAUCCGGUUGAGAUCUGCAGAUUCGCGAAGCUUAACAGGGCGUUUCGCGGCGCUUCCUGGGCCGAUUUCGUCUGGGAAUCGAAGCUUCCUCCGAAUUACAGUCUUAUCCUCGAGAGAAUCCUCGGUGUUUUCCCGGAAAAUUUGCAGAAACGGGAUAUUUAUUCCUGUCUUUGUCGGAUCAAUUCCUUCGACGACGGCUCCAAGAAAGUGUGGCUUGAUAAGAGAACAGGAGGCAUCUGCCUAUGCAUUUCGGCCCGGGGUUUAUCGAUCACCGGCAUCGAUGAUCGGAGAUAUUGGAGUCAUAUUCCAUCUGAUGAAUCUCGAUUUUCAUGCAUAGCAUAUCUCCAACAAAUCUGGUGGUUUGAAGUCGAUGGAGAAAUCAACUUCCCGCUCCCACCCGGAACCUACAGCGUCUUUUUCAGGCUUCAACUUGGCCGACCCACCAAGCGGUUCGGCCGUCGGGUCUGUAACACUGAGCAGGUCCAUGGUUGGGACAUCAAACCUGUUCGGUUCCAACUCUGGACAGAAGACGGUCAGUACUCCACUUCUCAAUGCAUGUUAACCGAGCAGGGAAACUGGACUCAUUACCACACCGGAAACUUCGUGGUGGAGAAAUCGAAAAGGUCGAGUACAAGGUUAAAAUUCUCAAUGACCCAGAUCGAUUGUACGCAUACCAAAGGCGGGUUAUGUUUAGAUUCUGUAAUUGUAUACCCGAGCCGGUUGAUGCGGUUUUAGGUCAUCAACCGGGGCCGGUUUAGGGAGAGGUUAAAGCCCCGUUUUUUAAGGAGUUCUUUAGCCUUUUUGUAGAAUUUGGGGGAACAAACAAACAAGAAAAGAAUGCAAAUGUUGUGAUAGACCUAAAAUUCAAGAGAUUUUAGUUCAGGGUUUCUCAGAGUUUAUAAGGUCAAAUAUGUAACCAAAAGUUGUGAACUUUUAUUAAUCUUUUAUUUGUUUUGUUGAA